AUGAGUGAAGAAAUACAGGCAAUGAAAUAAUUGGUGUCUUAAGUAGAUAAGUUAAAGACAGCCAAAAGUGAAUAGUAAUUUGAACCGAUUCUGCAAGCUUUAUAAAGAGUAGAAUAGUAUAUGGAAGAGACUGCCACAGCAGAUGGUCGACAAUAUUUGCCAGAGUUGAUGAGCAUCUGUGUGAAUUUCAUCAUCAAUCAUAAGGCUUAUCCAGAAAGAGUGAUUUUCAAUAUAGAAGCAUUCAUAAAGUCUGUAUUGAAAUACAUUUCCAAUAAUCUCUAAGAUGAGAAGGUAAGCUAAAUGUUUAGGGUUAUAAUGGAUCCAUCUCGUAUGAUUUAUGAGCAUAAUGCACAUCGUACUGAAUGGCAUGAUCAAGUAAUCAAUUGAAUAAAGUUAGUUCAUUAAAUAUUCUUACUCGCUCAAUCCUUAAUAUAAGGAAUUCAUCGACCAACUUUAGAUAGGUACUUAUGUAGAUUGUCUGCGUCUUUGUCGUAGUACUGCCAGAUUGAAUUGGUCAAGAGGAGUCGUUGAAGAUCGUUCUGAAGAAGGCAUAUCGAUUAGAUAUCUAAAUGAGUAAUCUGUCAAAAGAUUUUACAAUAUAAGAAGUGGUAAUAUCAUGCCAUAUAGAACUCGAUCUCAAAGAUUAGAUCAAAUGUUCAAUCUUUAAGUAGGUUAGGUAAUUUUAGCAACUCAAUCAGACAAAUGGAUUUUAAGCACUAUAUAGUAAUGUAUUGAAGAAAAAGAUAUUGAAAAUAUCAUGAAAUAUAAUGUGGGAUUUCGUUUUUAUACAGAAGAUGGAAAUUCAAUAGAAGAUGAAUCAUAAAAGAAAUAUAUUGGUUAUAACCAUCAUUAUGAUGAACAAAUUACAGCAUGUCAUCCUAGAUUAGCACUUUGUGGGGAUCAUGUUGUAAGGAAAUUUAACUCAAAUGAAUAAUAUAUUGAUGAUAGUUAUGAUAUCUUAUAUGAAUAAGAUUAUCUAGAAGAGAAGUUCUAUGCUAUCUUAAGACCUAAAUAAUCAAAGAGUUUUCUUUUAAUUUAAUUCAUCAAUCAUUUUGGUAAUUUAGGAGGAUUUGAGAAAAUACUCAACAUAUAAUCAGUUGAUAUAUUAGCUAAUUAUAUGUCUGCUAUUGGUAAUAUUCAUGCUCAAUUAUUCAGAUCUUUUUGUUAAGAAUAUGUUCCAAAAUUAUAGAGUAUGAGAUAAAUUUUAUUACAUUCUGAUGAGUAAACUUUAAGAAAUAUGGGAAGAGAAAAGAUGAAUCUUAUUAUUUAAGCAUUCAAAGUACUUUUGGAUAGAAUUAUGAAUGAGGAUUAAAGAAGAGAAUGGCUCUAAAAGUUGAGUUUAGAAUUUGUAUAGAUUUGUUUCAAUUGUAAUUUCUUGGAUAAGAAAAUUAUGGGUUUAAAGUUAUUGACUGAUAUGUUGAAGUAAGCUAGUAAUGAUAAGUGUCCUGAGACUAUUUUAUAAUGGAUUGAUUCUGAGAAUAUAAUGGAAACAUUGUUUCAUCAUAAUACUCAUCUUUAAUUAUUAGAGAGAACUAAAGAUUUGAUUAGAAUUUAUUUAAAUAUUGAUAAUGCGUUUACAGCUAAACAUAUGUCUAUGAUAUGGGAAUUGAUGUAAUAAAAUGAUAAUGAAUUGAGACCUAUCAUAUUUAAAUUGAUAAAUGAAAUAGCUUUUACAAUGAGAGAUUAUCAUGUGAUUUAUUUUAUGUAAUAAAUAAAAGAAUUGAAAUAAGAUUAAAUAUUAAUAGAACAUGUUUAAUUAUUAUUUGAAAUGAAUAGAUAUUAAAUUAAAAAUUAGGAAUUGAUAUGUAUGACAAUUGAUAAUUUAUGGAGAAUAAUUGAAUAUGCUGGUUAAUCAUAAAAGUAAUCUUUAGAAGAUAAAUCAAGAUAAUAUCUUUGUGAUUUGAUUAAGAAUUUAGAAAUUAAAGAAAUUAAAGUAUAAAUGGUUUAAAAAUUAAUGACAAAUAUAUAAUAAAUGAAAGUAGAGAGUUCAUCAAUUAAAACAUUAUCUCAUUUAAUAUGUUCAUUUCCAUUAAAAUAAUAAUAAUAAUAAUAAUAAUAAUAAUAAUAAUAAUAAUAAUAAUAAUAAGAUAAUAAUGUAGAAUCAUAAUCAACUUAAAUAUUAACUUAUCCUUUUGUAUAAAAUAAUCCUAAUAUUAUGCUUCAAUAAAAAAUUAAAGAAGAAAUUGAAUAAUCUACUAAUACUGAAAAUAAAGUACAAGAAAUUACAUAAGAUGAAUUUGUGAAAGAAUUAAUUCAAUAAUCUAAUAUACAUCAAAUAUUAAGAUAAAACAUAGAAAAUCUUCGAAUUUUAAAUAAAGGUAUUAAUUCAGAGAAUCUAUAAGAAUCAGCAAGAUAUAUGAAUAAAUUAUAAGAAAGAAUUCUAUUAAUAAAAACUUUAAUUAAAAUAAAUGGAACUGCAGCAGAUAUAAUAGAUCAAUAAUUUUUAGAUUUAAUUUGGAAUGAAAUAAUUUUGAAACCUAUUUGUAAAUAAGAAUGUGAUAUGGCCAGUAAUUGGUUAAGAGAUUUAGUAGAGAAAGAUGAAUAAUUUAGUUAAACUUAAUUAGAUACAUUUUACAGAAGAUUGUUAAAUUCAGAUUCACAUCUCACUGAAAGUGCAUUUAAUUGUUUCUAAGCAAUAUUAUAUUAUAUAAAUCAAAAAGAGUAUAGAUUACAUAGACAAUAAUUAAAUUUAAAUUAAAAUUGUGAUCAAUAUGGAAAUGUUAUUAGUAUGACCAAUACAAAUGUUAAUGAAAAUGAUUAACAAUUAGAAUUGACUCUAUUAGUUGAUGUAAAUUAAAUUAUAGGAAUUGAAUAUUUAUGGCAUAUAGUAUUUAAUUCUCAAUUAGAUAAAGCAGUUUAAUUAUUAGUAAAAUUGAAUUUAUCACAAUAAGAACAAUUUAUUGAGAAAAUCUUAGAUAAGAUGGAUUGUACAGAUGAAUAAACAAUUCUUAAAUGUUUAGAAGUACUAAGAACUUUAUUGAAUGAAACAGAAACAAAAGGUGUUGGAUCCUUACUUUCAUUAGAUGGAUUAGUAAAAGGAGAUGCAUUUAGUAUCAAUAUUAUAAAUGAUAUGGGAGAUGGAGCUCCUAGUAAUAGGAUAACAAUAAAGGUUUAUUCUAGAAUGACUAUGUUUGAAUUGAGAAAAUUGAUAGCUAAAUAAUUAUAAACAAAUUGGGAAUAAGUGAAAUUAGUAAGAAAUGGAGUAAUAGUAUAAGAUACAGAUAAUGGUAAGACAUUAAAACAGAUGAAUGUUAGAAAAAGUGAAGUGAUUAAUGUUUAUAGAAGAAAGACAAAACCAAUUCCUUAAGUGCCUUUAGUUGAGGAUAAAAAAUUAACACCUAAAUUUAUUAAAGUUUUGCAUAAGUUGUUUGAAUUAUAUUCAACAGAUGGUAAAAUGAAUGCAGAGUAAUUAUCUAGUUUUGGAAUGAAGGCAGCAAAUGAUGAGAGUUUUAAGGAUGGAAAGAAAAUCAAAGAAUUGUUGGAUUAAUAUGGUGAAUAGAAAGGAUAUUUUUCAGUAGAAAAUUUUAUUUCAUUUUAUGAAGAUUGUUGCAUUCAAUAAAAGAUUACAUCUAUUGUAUGGAAGAACUUACAUUCAUUUGGUUAUAAGAAUGAUUUAACAUUAUUAGAAAAUGAUGAAGUUGAAUUAGAUGAAUAAAAAUUACCUCGUUAUUAAUUGGCUCAUAAUGAAAGAUUCUAUAGAUUGAUGUUUCAUUUCAUUAAUUAAAGUGAUUAGAUUGCUUAAGAAUGUUGGAAAUUAUUGUGUUCUUUACCUGUUUUUGAAGCAGCUAAAUAACGUAUACUUAAUUUUGAAGAUUUUACAAAAGAUAGAUCUUAUCAAUUAAUAUAUUCAAUUAAAAUUAUAGAACAUCUUUUAUAUACUGAAGAAUAUUGUAGAAAUUUUGUUAAAUAUGGAGGAUUCAAAUAAUUAUAAUCCAUUUUAAAUAAUUUAGAAUAAGAAAAUAUUAAAAUUGUCAAAUUGGCAUAAUGUUUGAUUUUGAAUAUUCUAAGUAAACACAUUGCUGCUUAAUUUCAACCUAAAUUCAAUAACAUAUACUAAAUUCAAUAACAUGUCAAAUAACCAAUCUAAGCAACAUUUGAUAUUAUUGCUUAAUUAAUAGAUGGUACUUAUCCAUCAUCAUCUGACAAUAAACCUUUAUUAAGAGUGAAGGAGACUGAGGAAUUCUUAGAAUUAGUAAAGUUUAUGGAUGGUUUAGAUAUACAAUUAGAUUAUGUUGAUUUAUUAAAAUGUAUCAUAAGAAUGUAAGUGGAUAUAACUGAAGAUAGAUUUAUAAUUGAAUUUGUUUUAAUAUUAAUUACUACAAUUGUAGGAUAUAAUUUAGGAAAUUGCUUAGAUUAUUUUGUUUCAGCUAUCCAAACAAUAAAAUAACGUUAUGAAUAAUUUUUAUAUGCUCCUAAAUAAUUAUUAAUAAGAAAAUUUGCAGGAAAUUCUUUGUAUUUAAUAUUCAAAUCUUAAAAUCAAUUGGGUAAAACUUUAAUAAAUAUAUUAAUUGAAUUGUUUCCAAAAAACGAAAAUAAAGAUUCUUAAUCAUAUUUUGAUUUAUUAGCUAAAUUAAUUCAAGAAUCUAAAUAUAGUGAUAAAUAAUUUGCUGAAAAUAUAAUAGAAUAAUUAAAAGAUUAUGAACCAACAGAAUCAAGAAUUGGAUUGACAUCAGAUAAGACUCUUACAGGUUUAUUAUCAAUUUUAGAAAGUUUAAGUAUUGUGGAUUAAAGUAUAUUGACAUAAUAAUUGAUUAUGUAUUUAUACUAAGUUCAUUUGUUUUGUUUCCAUUUAAAUACAUUUUAACUUACACCCUAAAAAUAAUACACACCAGAUUAUGUUAAGAGUAAAUCUCCAGAGAGCAGAAAAAUAGUUUAUAGAAUAAUAAUAUUGUAUUUAAAAUAGAAUUACAAUCCUGAGAUUUUAGAUUUAAAUUCAAUUAUAUAUUAGAUCAUUAUUUUUAGUGGAUUUGAUAUAAAAUUGAAUCCAAAAACAUAUCAUGGUUUUGUUGGUAUUCGUAAUUUGGGAUGUAUUUGUUAUAUGAAUGCAAUGAUGUAGCAAUUCUUUAUGACUCCUGAAUUCAGAUAUAGUAUGUUGAGAGCUGAAGAUGGUGUUGAAACAAAAAUGAUUCAUUACAAAGAUAAUUAAGGUCUUGAACAUUAAAUAGAUGAUAAUUCUAUUCAUUAAUUUUAGAGAUUACUUGCAUAUUUAGAAUUAAGUGAAAGACCAGAUGUCAAUCCUUAAUAUUUUUGUUAUUCUUUUAAAGAUUAUGAUAAUCAACCAGUUAAUGUCUCUUUACAAUAGGAUGCUUAAGAAUUUUUAAAUUAAUUUUUUGAUCGUUUAGAUAAUUAAUUAAAGAAUAAAGGAUGGUAACAAUUUAUUGAAUCUAUUUAUGGUGGUUAGACUUGUAGUUAAAUGAUAUGUAAUGGAUGCAAAAAUAUGAGAGAGAAAUUUGAUCUUUUUUAUACUCUUUCAGUAAAAGUUAAAGGUGUUAAAUCAAUUCAUGAAUCAUUUGAAAGUAUGAUAAAUGGAGAAGUCAUUAAAGAUUAUUAUUGUGAAUAAUGCAAAUAGAAGAAUGAUCUUAUUAAACGUCAAUGUUUACAAACUUUACCUAAUGUUUUGAUAGUACAUAUACAAAGGAUUGUUUUUAAUUUAGAUAUAUUCAUGAAUGAAAAAUUAAGUACUCGUUUAGAAUUUCCACAUAAUCUUAAUCUAUAAUAGUAUACAAGAGAAGGAUUGUUAAAUUAAGAUAUUAAAUAAUAAUCAUAUUAUUAAUAUAAGUUAAAAGGAGUAGUAGUUCACAAAGGAACAGCUUAAUAUGGACAUUAUUAUAGUUUGAUUAAUACUAAGGAUGAAAAGUGGUUAAAAUUUAAUGAUUCUGUAAUUGAAGAUUUUGAUAUUAAAAGAUUACCACAUGAAUGUUAUGGAGGCAAAGAUACUGAAGAUGCUUAAGAUUUUUAAGAGUCUGGUAGUAGUACUAAUGCAUACAUUUUAGUCUAUGAGAGAAUACAAAAAGAAUAAGUAGAAUUGAAUUUUACUGAUCUAUAAUAAAAAUAAGAGAUUAUGUAAAAAUUUGAUAGUGUUAUUUAAGAAGAGAAUAAUGAAGUAUUAUCAUAUUAAUUAGAUUAUAAGAAAAUGACUCAAUAACAUAUACCAGAUUCCUUAUAUUAAGAAAUUUGGCAUGAUAAUCAUAGAUUUAUGAUGGAGAGACAUAUCUAUAGUGAAGAAUUCUUUAGGUUUGUUAAAGAAAUUGGAGAAGCUUUUCCAUACCCUAAGGAUUAUACUUUAAUCACAAAUCCAGAAUAAAUACCUUAAUAUUUUGGCAUUUAUAAUAAUUAUUAGGAUAUAAAGGAAAUCUAAAAGAUUCAAUAAUUGUUAUCCAAUAUGACAUAUAUAGCAACAGAAUUAAUUGCUAGGUCAUCUGAUCAUUCUACUAUCAAAAAUUAUGUACUUAUUAUUAUGAAUCUGAUUAAUAUUAUACCAACAAGUGCUUUUUCAGUUUUCCAACAUUUAAUAGUCAAUCGUUAAUAAAGAAUUUUUAAUGUAUUAUUGUGUGCUCCUGAUUACUCUGUAAGAUAAGCAAUAUAAUAAAUUUUGUUACAUUAUGUUAAUGUAAUCAUUUACAUUCAUGCACUUCCAUUAAACACUGAAUCAUUAUAAGUUCUAUAGCCAGAAAACACAAUAGUAAAUUGUGAUUAAAUUAUGAUGAGAUUUUUAUUAGAUUUAAUACAGAAAUUAUAAAAUGAUGUUGCCAAAAAUCCUACUAAAUUCAUUUAUUAUUUCACAUUUUGGAGAGAUUUUGUUAAAUCUUCAAUUAUAAAUGUUAAAUUUGCCAAUCAAAUAGAAUUGAUAUCUAUAUUUGCUGAUUUCUUUAUGGAAAAACAAUCUCCUUAAGGAUUAUAAAAAACAUAAUUUUAUGAAUUUAUCACUGAUAAAAAAAUAACAAUGGCUAGUAAAAUGGUUGUUCCAUUCUAUUCCUAACUUUUCUAAUGUAUACAAUAUUUAUUGUAAGACCAAAAUUACAUUUUAUCAAAAAAUGAUAAUAUUUGUCUAUAAGCUUAAAUCUUUUAUAAACGAGCUUUGACUGAAUGUUAAGAUUUUGAAACAGUUAAAUUGAUCAUUUAAAGAAUGGUAUUCAAUAAUGAACCUUUAUCCAGAUCUGUUAUUGAAGUAUUAUUAGAAGAAAUUAAUAAAGCCAAUUAUGAAACUGUGAGUUAAUUUUUAGGUUUAGCCUAUAAUCUUCUUAAUAUUUAUGAUGCUUAUUAAUAAGAACGUAUUGAAUGGUUGCUUGGUUUUCCAGAGCCUAAUUAUUAAGACAAAUAUUCAACAGGUUGUUCAACCAAUUUAUCUUAUUAAAGCAUACUCUAUUAAUCACAUAUAGGUUCUUAAAAUGAUAACCUAUCUAUUCUAAAUUUGUUAUUUGAAAAUUAAAAAAGAUUUUAAAAUGUAGCUAUAUAAAUGAUGAAGAUGAUUUUAGCUACAGCUAAUACAAAUAAAUUAGUAUUUUCAUAUUUGGUUAAUCUACCACCUCCAUGUUAUCUAUAUUCAAAAUAUACAGAUUGGUUUGAAGGAUUUCUUAAUGAAUUUUUAGAUGAUUGUAAAAAAUAUCCUGUUAUAGCAACAACUAUAUUUUUCAAUAAAUAAAAAGAAGUUGAAGAAACCUUUUAAUUUUGGUAAUAAUUUAAAACAUAUUAUUCUUAAAUAACAGAAAUUGGAUUAUAUGAUUCUAUUUAACCCAUCUAUAUCUUAGGAAAUACCAUAAAGGUAGAAUUAGUUUCAAGUGUUGUUUAAGUUGAGGGAGUCAUCUUAGAAUGUUAUGAAUAAACAGUCUAUUUUAUUGAAUCUAAACCUACUUAGACAAGCAAUAGUGUCUUCCCAUCUACAAUAUUGUAUGAUAACAUUUAUUUGUAAACUGCUAAAAUAGAACCCAAUUCUAAUAUUCAUAACUUAGUUUAACAGUAAGGAUCUUUUACUAUUCCAAAACCACCUCCUCUUCCAAAAAAGAUGGAUGUUAUUGAUGGAAUUGAUUUUGGAACUGAUGUUAAUAAAACUGCUGAAUAAAUCAAAGCUGAACAAGAAUCUAUGACUUAAUUAUCAUAAUUCUCAAUGGAAUUAGAACAUAUCGUAGUUGCAAAUAAGUAGAAUGAUGGCCAUAAUACCAUUCCUAUUGGGUAAAUUAAAGUAUAUAUUAUUACUUUAGAUAAUUUGGAGAGACACCCUAAUAAUUUAUACCUUGUGAUAUUGAACUUUAAAUAGCUCCAAUGUUGAAAAGAUUCAUGCUCAAUAAUACUACAAAUCAAACUCUACACAUAACUUAUUAAAUUACUCUUGAUCCUGAUUUUAUGGUUAAUUUUAGGUAUCAUAAUUUAAUUAAUUAAUAGACAUCCUGCUAAAAUUUGCAAGGUUGUUCCUCCCCAUACUACUAUUUACUUGACAACAAUUAUGAAGACAAUUCCUUCUAUGGAUUGGGGACUCUUUAUUGAAACAAUGGACAUAAAUUUUAAUGAAUAAAAUAACUCAAUUCCAUAAUAAUAACCAAAAAAAUAGUAAAGGUUUUUUGAUAUAUUAUAGAGUGAGAAUCGAUGAAGAAGUAUAAGUGUUCAUGCCAAAUCUUAAACCAGAAACAGAAAUAAAAAGUGAUGAUCAUAUUUAAUGUCCAAUUUGUACAUACUUACAAUCAAAUUCAAACCACUUUUGUGAAAUGUGUACUUUUGAAUUUAAGUGA